UCGAGCCGCAGUCGCCUCUAAGAAUCUCAAUCGCGAAGGCAACGCGACGCGGGAGUGUCGAAUCCAACUACCAGUGCACUCUUGAUCCAACACAGAAGAAAAGAACGCGAAGAUGGAAUCAUUCGGGAGACUCGUAUCUGUCCUAUGGGUGAUUGCGCUCGGGGCUUGCGUCCUGGGGCUGCAGCGACCACCGCCGAGAUACUCCCAACAGUACAUGCCGGAAACUUCGUUCACUUGUCGCAACAAGAUCGUAGGAAGCUAUUACGCCGACCCAGAGACCGACUGCCAAGUGUUUCACGUCUGCGUGUCCGUGGCCGGUACCGUCCAAGAUUACAAAUUCUUGUGUCCCAACGACACGGCGUUCGACCAGGAGAGCCAGACUUGCGCGGACUGGUACGACGUCGACUGCGAAGCAGCCACCCUUUAUUACGCCAGCGACAACUUCGACCUGUACCGAAUAGGAUCAGGUCUCGAAUCGUUGCACUACGACAGUAUACGCAGUGACGCCGAGCCUCAGGAUCACCUGCAACGAUCAGAGUCGAGCGACCCGGUUCGCUCCUCAGCGAACACUUUAAACCGAGUGUCAUCGAGCAACAGUUACUCUGGUAGCAAGGAUCUGAGAGGCAGCAGCAGCGGUAAUUUUUACAACAACAGAAACGGCAAGGACGAGGAUUACGAGACCGAGAAGACGUAUAAAGAAGAGUUCGUUCAAGAGAAAAAGAAGUCGGGAGUGAGGAAGUCGAGCAGGAAGCAACAGUUUAAUUACAGCAGCAACGAUUACAACGCGCCUGUAUCGAGCACGUCUGCGCCAGCUGCCCCGGCUGCUAAUCAGAACACGUACACAGGAUUCUACAGUGGUAACAAUUAUAAUCAGAGAAACGGGUUCGUGUCUUCGACUUCCACUGCGAGGCCGCAGGAGAAUUUCAACCGGAAUCCGAACGGGAAUAGGUACAACACACCGUCGUCGACGUACAGACCCAGCACGAAUUACCAGAACAAUUACAACAAUUAUCAAUCGGUCAGUACGACUAGUAAGACCACCGUUUACAAUGCUUAUAACAACGGGAACAAUUACAAUCAGCAGAAUAAUGGAUUCAGCCAGAGCAGCAGCACCUUGAAACCGACUACGUACAAGAGUUAUAAUCAGAAUUAUAAUAACAACAAUGGUCAGUUCGUUCAAUCGACGACCCUGCAGCCAAGCACCAAUUACCAGCCGAACGAUUACACGAACUUCCAAAGGAAUUAUAAUAACAUUCAACGUGGAAGCGUGCCUUAUCAGUCGACUACGGCCUCGUCUAUCGUCUACGACGACAAUUAUAACAGCAAUAAUAAAUACAGGACCACUGGCGGCACUACUAGGCAAGAUAUUUCUCAAGCCACUACCAAAUACUACCCAAGCUUUGCGAGCAGCAGUUACGCGCCUACUACUUACAGCCCGCCGACGAAAAAGUACGUCGGCAACGAUAAUACUCAGGCGCAAACUGGACAGUAUUACGAGAAAUCGAGCCAGCCUGUGAAGAGCUCUUCACAAUAUUACGACAGCACCAAAGCGCCGAAGAAAGCGACGCAGUUUAACAAUUACGAUUCGAAGUACUAUACGGAGAGCAGCACGGGAAAUUAUGAUCUGGCCAGGUCCUCCGUUGGGAUUGGAUUCAGUCCUGCCAGCAUCAAUCAUCUAGCGGAAUCUCCGAGAUCUACCACUCCAGUGCCAAGGAAAAUCUCUACAGCCACUACGUACAAUCCGAACACUUUCUACUCGAACAGCCAGAGACAGCAGUCUCCAACGACCCCUAAAGCAAGCACCUACGUGAGCGGCUCGGCCAGACCAUUUUCGUCGACGACGAGGCUUCCAACCACGACCUCACCGAAACCGAAAUCCGGGAAGAAGAACGACUACGACUACGCGUAUUACGAUAACAUAGCUGGUCUAGAGUACGACAGUCUCGACUUGGAGCACGUGACGGGAAACAAAGAAUCGACGAAGAUCGCGAGGAAUUGAUUUCAUUUGAAUUAACUGAGCAGCGAUUGAGCGUUUAGACGUGAAUGGAUAGAAACCGCUUCAGCGAUUCCAAUAAUGAUAAUAAUAUUCCUGCGUUAUAGAUAAAUUGUAACACGUGUUUCUGUGCUGGAAUCGUUGAACGUUUCUACGAAAUUAUUGAAUUUUACCAAUAAUAGUGGCCAGUGCAUUAUCAAAAUCGGCUUUCGAUAACCGGUAGCCGAAGGCGGCAUUGAAAACCGGUUUUGUUGCAAACAAUAGAUCGCCUUAUUAAAUAUAUAAUACAUAUCAGUUUUUCCUUAAAACCUUAAAGGUCUUUUCUCUCAUUAUUCGUUUACAGUAUU